CUUGUGUCCCACUUGCAUGGAAUGAAUGCCCACUAGAGACGGAGCACAGCCAGUUUGGAGACCUUGCCGGACUCGUCCCACCUUCCCAGUUCCCAGCCUCAGUUUCCUCAGCAACAGAAUAGGCUCACCUGCCAUCCCUAUCUUCCCAACUCGAUUUGGUUUUUGGAGUUCUUCCCUAUGGGCUCCUGACUCACACUAGUCACUGAGUCAUGGGAAUCCGAGGCUCGGAGGGGUCUGGUGAAAGGCCCCCCCAGUCCUUUCCUAGAGUGCUCACAUCUGACUGAAGAUUGAGAUUCCUGCGCACCCCACCCCAUCCUUUGAGAAACCGCCGACGGACGGGGCGGAACCGUGGGUGUCCCUGAAACCCCAAGGUGCCAAUUAAGUGCUAGUGGCCCUUCUGGGGUCAGAGCUACGGCGGGAUGGCAGAGCCAGGCCCGGAGCCGGGGCGCGCAUGGCGACUGCUGGCCCUGUGCGGGGCUGCGGUGUUCCUGGCGGCGGCCGCGGCUGGAGGGGCAUUGGUGGCCUGGAAUCUGGCGGCCUCGACGGCCCGGGGCCCCCGUUGCCCAAAAUCUGAGCAGAUGAACGCCACGGUGCUGCCCCCAGACUGGGCACCCGAAGUCGAAGAACUGCGGCGGCAGCUGGCCCAGGCUGAGCAAGCUCAGGAGAACCUGGUCUGGAGGCUGCAGCGCGCAGAGAGCGACAGGAGGGAGUUGGAGGCUGCGCUCAAGACCUGCAAAAGCAGCCAGAGUCAGCUUCAGACCCAGCUGAAGGCCCUGAAGAUUGAGAUGGAUCAGGCCAAAGUCCGAGACACGCAGAUGGGGCUGGAGAACGGAAUGCUGACAGAAGCCUUGGUGCGCUGGGAGGCGACUGCCACUGAGUCCAAGCAACAGCUGGAAGAAGCGCUGCGGCGUGCAGGCGCCGCAGAGGCAGACAGCGAGGCUUGUGUUGGUCGCGAGGUGGCGCUGAGGGAGCACAUUUACGCCCUGGAAGCUGAGCUUAGCACCCUGCAGAAAGGGUCGCGUCCCCGACCUCGCUCUGGAUCUAGGACCAAGCCCAGCAUCCGCUACCGCCCGAGGUCUGGAUCCACUAAGGGCUGCAGGAAGCCACCUCGAGAUCCCCAGUAGGAUGGGAGCCUCGGGCCAGGACAGUCAGAGUGCAUAAGAGGCGUGGCUCACAGCGUCCCUGAGCAACUUAACACCCGGGACUUGCCUAGGUGGCAGCAUACGGAUUCAAACGACCUCCCCAGGAGCACCCAGUGCUAGAUCACCACAUAGGGAAACUGAGGCUCAUUUGCUCAGACCCUGAUGUCCCUGAUAAUGGUGACACAACCUUUAUUUCAGUCUGGGCUCACCCAUUAGGAGCAGGCAGAACUCCAGGUGGGAUUUCAACAGAGAACCGAGAUACACAAAAAUGAGGCUUACAAAUUCUAAGAAGCCUUGGGGAUCAGGGGCUAGGUGAGGAUGCCUGGGGCCUAGAAAGCCAUCUAUUCUGGAGGAUAUGCCCUCAGGACAAGAAAAGACAGUGCAGAAAUUAGGAAGAGGGCCUAUCUGGGUCACACAGAGGGAAAAGGCUCUCUCUGGGGUUCAAAAGAAUGACUGAAAAAUCAAACAAUCCCCUCCUCUUCUCCCUCCCCUGUCCCCCCUCCUUUUUCCCUCUUUCCCUUUCAACUGGUCUCACUCUGACCUCACACUAGCUAUAUAGCCUCGGCUGCCCUUGAAGGCCCACAGCACGAUGUCCCACACAACAAUCUCGAGUGUGCUUAAUCUCUCAGUUUGUGAGCCUUACAAUUCACUUUUAACAUGGUUUUUCUGAGACAUCGUCCUAUGUAGCUCAGGUUGGCCUGAGGAACACCUCCCUCCUCUGCUGACUUCACCAAGCUCACCUCAGCUUUCCCAGCACCCAUAUCACAAACAUGGGGAACUCUGGUCCCAGGGGACCUGCACCCUCAUCCAGGCUACAAGCAGAGGUAUGCAUAUGCGACACGAAAUGAGUAUAUGCAAAUAAACAAAACAUUUAAAACAUGUA